UAUUCCGUCAAGCAAUAAGUGUGAUACUGUACAGUGUAAUGCAAAGUCUGAUUUUAAUUUUACAAAUUGUGAUAAUGCAAAUGACAGAGAUAAUAUUAAAGAUUCUACGCAUUUGACUGAAGAUGUUCUUUCUAUCGAUGAGAAUCCUAAUACGUUAGUUGUUAGUAACAACAACGAGAUGAGUGAUUCUUCACCAACUGCCAAUUCCAAUACUACUUUAAAUAUUGGUACAGCGAAAAUAAAUUACGAUAUCGAAAAUGUUUCGACAAUAUUAAGUAAACUUCCUGAUGUGAAACAGAUCGUUCAAUGUUGUAAUCAAUUUAACUCUACUUCUAAAAUAUGUGAAAAUCCAAAUGUCAUUGAGAAAGUUAGAAAUUCUAUAAAAACUCCAAAGAUCUCGAAAGUACAAAAUGUUAGUAUAUUAGUAAAAAAGACAAUGCGUCCAAUGCACAGAGAAAAGGUUGAUAAUAUUAUGUACAACUGAAUAAUACGUAUAGUGUCACUAAUAACAAUAAUGUUUUUCCAAAUGCAAACAAGGCUUACGUUAUCAAUAAUAUUUCAAAUGAUACAUUUGCUCCAAUUGCCGAAUCUACAUUCGUAGAGAAUCAGUUAAGUUUAGAGCGUGAAAUGAAUGAUAAUA